GUACUAAUAAAAUCACCAAUGAAGGUUCAAACAAAAGCUACUCAAGGCAUAAUAGACCGUACAUCCCAUUUCCUUAAGAAGGGAGUGCAACUUGAACAACCAGCCUGGUAUAAUGUUGUCUUGGACAACCCACCAAUCACCGAUUUAGUCAAGCAACCAAAGAAUUACAAAUCUGAAGACUCUGCCAAACAAGUCAACAAAACUACCCGUACUAACGUACACGAAACUUACAAGACCAGAUUAACUCGUUCAGAAUUGAAAUUAAAAAACACUGACGCAUUUAGAAUCCCAAAAAUCAAGUUCUUUGAAGACGAAUUAAGAGAUGUCUUUUUCAGACAACAUCCAUGGGAAUUGGCCAGACCAAAGACUUUAAUCGAAACUAAGGGAGAUGACAACUCCAAAUGUAAUUGGAAGAACAUGUUACAAUUGCACAAACCUUUGGAUGGGGAAUCAGUCGUCCAAAGAACAAUUUAUAUCUUGAAUAACGAAACUAAACCUGAUGGUUCCAAAUACAGUCUUUUUGAAGCUUAUGAUUCAUCUAGAUUCGAAUACUACAAGUUGAGAAUGAGAGAAGAAAUGGAGAGCCAUGUUGCUAAAGAAGAAGCAAUCAUGUAUGGCGCAGUGUUCCCAGAAACAAACUUGGCACAAAACGUCAAACAUGAACAGGAAUACAUUGACGUUUGGACCAAGGUUGCCGAACAACAAACCAAGAUGUUGCAAGCCGGUAGGGGUUCAAGAGCACCUGAAGGAAGUGUUGUUGAAGAAGAAUCCGAAGCUGGUCCCUCCAUUUUUGAAGGUUUUGUUGAUGACGUAGAACCAGAAAAAUUGUAGAAUUACACCUGUAAAUAGAAAUCUAUACUUUUAGUAUUUAUUAUAGUAUAUACAUAUAAUAGUUAAACCAAUGCCCAAAUAAGUCGUAAGUUUAGUGAUGUCCAUGUUCAUCAUGACCUUUCUUUAAGAUGAAAUGUUCAUAAGCCCAGUAGGAGAGAAAUGCAGCGGUACCAAUACCUAAUCCUGGUAAAGUAUUCUUAAAUCUGUUGUAACGAGUAAAUUGACCCUCGUAUCUCCAAGCAUCUCUUUUAGCCCAAGGAUUGUGUGCCAUUGUAUAUGUUGUUUGUCUUAAAGU